UGCUCACGCCACUCCUCCGCCACGCUGCUGGAAGCGGAGCGCGGCACCGCAGUCACAGCCCGCUGCCCGAGGGGAGUCGUCCAGCGGCGGCGGCUCAGGGCUCCCUCAGCAACCGCCCACGCAGCCAGCAAGCACGACCAAGCCCACAGCACCACCUCCAACCGCGCAGCACAGUGCCCCGCCAGGAAAGAAGGAAAAAGGAAGCGCCCGCACCGCGCCUCAGGCCCCGCAGACAGAACCAGGGCACCAGCGGCGGCCAGGUGCCCUACGCCUGGCCUCACGUUGUGCGCCUGCGCGCUCUUGGGCCACUUGACGCAUGCGUUGUGCAGCGUGGCUGUUACCAUAGCAGCAGCAAUCAACAGGGAGAGACCUGCGCGCGGCCUAGUGUGCCGUGCAGCGGAGUGCUUGUCCGCUCGCCGGGCGCGUCGCCCGCCGCUGUGGCUUGCCCGCCAUGAGCGUGCCGGAGGUGGAGGCGCUCGUCUCCCAGAAGUACGAGAUAAAGAGGCGCCUGGGCAAGGGGGCUUAUGGUAUUGUAUGGAAAGCAAUUGAUCGCAGGACAGGAGAAAUAGUUGCUGUUAAAAAGAUUUUUGAUGCUUUCAGGAACAGAACAGAUGCUCAGAGAACAUUUCGAGAGAUUAUGUUCCUGCAGGAAUUUGGAGAACAUCCAAAUAUCAUCAAGCUGCUUGAUGUUAUCCGAGCUCAGAACGACAAGGAUAUCUACCUCAUCUUUGAGUCCAUGGAGACAGAUUUACAUGCUGUGAUUAAGAAGGGGAAUUUGCUGAAAGAUAUCCACAAGUGUUACAUUCUCUACCAACUCCUGAAGGCAACUAAAUUCAUCCACUCAGGAAAUGUUAUUCACAGAGAUCAGAAGCCUUCAAAUAUCUUGCUGGAUGCAGACUGCUUUGUUAAACUUUGUGAUUUUGGGCUGGCCCGUUCUUUAUGUCAGAUGAAUGAGGACCGAGGCAACCCUGCUCUAACGGAAUAUGUGGCAACACGCUGGUACCGAGCCCCAGAGAUCUUACUUUCCUCUCGGAGUUACACUAAAGGUGUAGACAUGUGGAGCAUUGGCUGUAUUCUGGGAGAGCUGCUACUUGGGAAACCUCUUUUUCCUGGAACAUCAACAGUGAAUCAAAUAGAGCAGAUCUUGAGGGUCAUUCCUGCCCCAUCCCCAGAAGAUAUUUUGGCUAUUCAGUCAGAUUACAGGGCCUCAGUUGUUAACUGCAUGAGUUCCCGGCAGCGAGUAACAUUUGAGGAGAUUUUACCAUCCUCUACUCCAUUGCCUGCCUUGGAUCUUCUGAAGAAACUUUUAGUAUUUAACCCUGAUAAACGACUCACAGCAGAGGAGGCUUUGCAGCAUCCAUAUGUGAAAAGGUUUCACUGUCCUGCGAGGGAGCCCUCUCUGGAUUAUGAUGUGAUUCUUCCUUUAGGUGAUGAUAUCCAGCUGUCUGUGGCAGAAUAUAGAAAUAAAUUAUAUGAGAUGAUCCUUGAAAAGAAAUUAAAUAGCCAUCCAAAGGAGCAAGUGCAGAGAGAAAACAUUCAACUAAGUCAGUCUGAAUCCAGGCCGCUUCUUCCAAAUUUCAGCUCUGUGACUUUACCUACCAGGAAAGGAGAGAGAGAACUAGCACCAGCUCCUCUAAAAACUUCGCAUAUGCUUGCUGGAACCACAACCAGUGUCCAGCCAGAAGUAUCCAGCCGGAGUGAAGAUUUAGCAAGAACUUUAUGUCAGAGAUCAAAGAUCAGUGUGAUAUACAAUCCUAUAACACACACUGCUAUUCAAAGUAAUGCAAAUUCUGGUGCUGUGAUCAGGAACUGUUCUGCACCACCUUCUCAACAGGCCAGAAUCUCCAAUGAUAGGAAACAGGGGAGACAAAUCACAUGGGCAAAUGCAAAUGCUCGGCUACCUCCUACAAGUGUACAGAACCUUUAUAAUAAUCCAAGAAAUACUCAGUCUCACAGCAAAGAUGUUCGUCCCUUUCUGAAGUCCAGUAAAAAGAUGUUCCAGAUUACUGCAAAUAUGGGAGCUGCUGGUGAUCCGAAAGCAUCAAUGGGCAGUUACUCCCAGGCCUAUGGAACCAUAUGUAAAUCUGCACUGCAGAGUCUUCCAAUAUCAAAGUCCUCCCCGCAACAUGAGUAGUGAAUAUGGAAGUGUUCUAACCAGGUGAAGUACUGGCUCAUCAGUCCCCUAACUGAGCCAGUGACAGCAAGAGAGAGCAAAAUGUAUCAGGCAUUUGACAGUUACCCCAGCUGAAGGGAAAUGCUGUAUUCAUUGCAUGAAACAAUGUACUACUUUCCUCUGGACAAACCAACAGGAAAAAGAAUCUAAUCCCUUUGCCUUCCAGUCUUACCAGACAAAGGCACAGCACUAUUUGCUCCCGUACCAUGAGAACAAUGAAUACUGUCCGUUCAUAUUCCUCGUUUGAAGUAUUGCAAAAAAUUACAUAAAACUGCAACAUUCUGAUACUUAAAUGUAUUUAGACAUAUUCAGGGCCCAUAUGAACCUCAUGAGGUUCAACAAGACCAGGUGCAAGGUCCUGCACCUGGGCCGGGGCAAUCCCCAGUAUCAAUACAGGCUGGGGGAGGAAUGGAUUGAGCGCAGCCCUGAGGAGAAGGACUUGGGGACACUGGGGGAUGAAAAACUGGGUGUGACCCAGCAAUGUGUGCUCGCACCCCAAAAAGCCACGCGUAUCCUGGGCUGCAUCAAAAGAAGCAUGGCCAGCAGGUCAAAGGAGGGGAUUCUCCCCCUCUACUCUGCUCCUGAGGGAUACCACCUGGAGUACUGUGUCCAGCUCUGGGGUACCCAGCAAAAGAGAGACAUGGACCAGUUAGGGCAGGUUCAGAGGAUGGCCAAGAAAAUGGUCAGAGGGCUUGAAACACUUCUCCUAUGAGAACAGGCUGAGAGAGUUGGGGUUGUUCAGUCUAGAGAAGAAGAGGUUCCAGGGAGACCUUAUCGUGGCCUUUCAGUACUUAAAGGGGGUUUAUAAGAAAGAUGGAGAGGGACUUUUUACCAAGGCCUGUAGUGACAGAACAAGGGGCAAUGGUUUUUAAACUGAAAGAGAGUAGGUUUAGAUUGGGCAUAAGGAAGAAACUUUUUACAAUGAGGGUGGUGAUACACUGGACCGAGUUGCCCAGAGAAGUUGUGGAUGCCCCAUCAGUGGAAGUGGUCAAGGCCAGGACAGAUUGGGCUUUGAGCAACCUGAUCUACUGAAAGAUGUCCCUGCCCAUGGCCUGAGGGUUGGACUGGGUGAUCUUUGAAGGUCCUUCCCAACUCAUUCUAUGAUUCCAUGAUUCUUUAGCAGUUUCAGGUGCACUGCCUAAAUGCAGAAUUUUUUUUUUUUUUUGAGCAGAACUGGUAACUAACUGUUCUUGGAAGACCAAGACUAAGCUCUUCACAGAUAAUCUUAAAGCCCUUCAUUUUGUUUUCCACUAAUUUCUGUGACUUCUCCGAGGUAAAUGAACAUAAUCAAUGGUGGCUUACUUUCAUUAAAAUCAAGUAGAAAAGCACUUUAAAUAUAGGUGGAUUUUGCCACAACAUUUAAUAGCUUACCUACCAUGUAAUAUUGUAAAUAUUAUAAUAAUAAAUACUUUAUAUUGCACUACAGAAAAUCUUUGUCUUUCAGUGUUUGCUGUGUGUGAAAGGGGGGGAAAUACAGGGGUAUCUUUUUCAAUGAAUAAUAUGGUAAUUUAUUUUUUUUUCCUUUCAGAAAGCAAUG